AUAAAUUUCUUGUUGCAAUUUUUUAUGAAAAUAAUAAAAAAAAAUUUGCAUAUUUUUUUAGAGAAAAAAUUUAUAAAUAUUGUGCUUGUUUUUUGAGUUAUUACCCCACGUACGCCUAGAAUAGAGGAGCUUGUGCUGAAUUUUGUUACAAAAAAAAAAAAAACAAUAUUUGAAAACUUAAAGUUUACUAAAAAGAAAGAAACAUUCAUUGAAACAUUUUAAUUCAAAACAACAAACUUGAAACUCAGAGUGCCAAAAAUGGUUGCACAGUGGCAAUUAAUCAAUCAAAAUUAUAAAAAUAUGGAUGGUUAUAAGCGCGUUGCUUGGCCACCCGUGUCGGAAGAGCGUGUCGUUAGGGAAUUCACGCCACAACCAACAUCUGGUCACUAUCCUGUAUCGGGCUCGCAACAGCAACAACAACCACCAGCGCAACAGCAUCAGCCACAACACUUGCAGCAGCAGCAGCAGCAGCAGCAACAACCACCAUCUCAUUAUCAACAACAACCGAACGCUGUGCCAGCCAACCAGGGUCCAAUUUAUAAUAACGUGGCUCGGCCAGUCCGUCAAAAUUCACCUCAACCCUACCAACAGCAACAACAACAACAACCACUACAACAAGUUUAUCAACAAUCCCCAACACAACAGCAAAACCAAUCACCAUACCAACAACACUAUGAACCAACCCAACAGCCCAUACAAUACACUCAAGCCCAAUUUAAUCGCCAGCCUUCACGUGAGCCUUCUGCUCCACAACACGGACAGCACGUAAAUGAACCCUAUGAACAACAGCACCAACAACAACAACAACCGGUACAACAGUAUCAAAACCAACCCCAAAAUUAUCCUCAUGAUCAGCAAUAUCCGCAACAACCACAAGAACAACAAUAUGAACCUAAUUCCGCAUCUGGUUGGAAACCAAUUCGUGCCCCAGUGGCAAAAGCUCAUAGCGAAUUUCGUGCAAGCCCUGUGAAUGACGGUAACGCUGAGCCAUUUUAUCCGAGCUAUGGUCAACAACAGCAACACCAACAACAGCUAGCUCCUCAGCUUACAAAACGCACAUAAGCUCGCGCUGUUUACUCUACUUACAAACUUACAUACAUACAUAUUUACUAAGUUUUCUGCACCCUCUAUCACAUAAGUGCACAAACACUUUUCUAGUAAAAUGUCUUAAUUGUAUCCUAUUAAUUGAAAAUCUCAUACAAAUACAAAAAUUUAACAAAACUUAGCUCCUCACACAUUUUUGACUUUCUAAUUGUUGUGUUUUCGUCUUUUCUCUUUCUCCCCACAACUAUUUUGGACACUCACGCACUCUACCUCACACACUGUUCCAAUCUAUGUAUGUUUGUUUAUGUAUUAUGGUCCGUUGCAUAAUUAUAUAUGUACGCACAAAAAACAACAUAACCUCAAAAUCUAUAAAAAAAACGCACGCAACAAUAAAUCCCCUCAACCUUUAUAAACGACAAACGACAACCGAUACGAACCACGAUGUUUUUUUACCAAAAAUGGUGGCUUUAAAUUUCAAACGAAUUGAAAAACGAACACAAAAUAGUAUCGUGCCACAUCAUACGAUCAAUAUCAACCUCAACCUCAACAAUAUCAGCCACAUCAGGGCUCACAGCCUCCUUAUAGCCAACAGCCCUACU